AUGGCGGAAGAGCAACUCGGUCCACCGUCGGCUGUGGGCCAGAUCAUUCGAUAUGUUGGAGGAUGGACUCAACCCAGUGGACGUGGGAUCUUCAUGUUUCGUACCCUCACCACGUCUAUCUCCGCUGCUGCCUUCACCGGCCUAGGCGUCGCCUACGCCACCGCCCUCUUCGGCGGCCCCCUCGCCUCCAUCGGCUUCAUCGUCGGCUCCAGCCUCGGCUACGUCGCCGCCACCAUCCUCUACUGGCGGACGGCGAUGCAGAGCGCUCUCGUAGCGUUCGACGACCAUCCGCAGCUGUUGCAUCUGCAUUUGGUGAGGAAUUAUCCUAAUGCCGGGUUUCAGCGUUUGCGAAUGGAGAGGGAGGAGGAGAGGGCGAGGUUUAGGGAGAGGUUGGGGCGGGAUUUGAUGUUGAGGUGUUAUUUGAUGAGUUCGUGGCAUACGGCUGCUCCGGCUAUUGAGGUCAGUCUAUUCUGGAAUGCGGAUGGUAUGGUGCUACGAAGUUUCUAA